AUGACACAGGAGGUCUAUGAUCUGGAUAGAGGUACUACUAUACAGAACCUCCUUAAAGCCAAUGGCAGACCAAUCCCCACAACUAAAGAAGACCCCUCAAGCACAGUUUACCACAUAAAGUGUGACUGUGGAGACUCGUACAUCGGCGAAACCUCAAGACUCCUGCCUAUCUGUGGCCAUGAGAUUGAACUACCCAAGUCUGAACAGGACCUGGUUAUUGUCAAGGACAGAGGAGGAAAGGUGUACACUUUACAACGCUAUGAUGGCGUCUAUUACAACAGCUUCUACAGCGUGGCUCACCUUAAGCAAAUCAAAGGAUUUAAACUGCGUUCGGACGAUGUCUACUUUGCUGGAUAUUUGAGGACAGGCACACACUGGACGUAUGAAAUGAUGAGCAUGCUCCUGAGGGGGAAAGCUGAAACCGCCGCUCUCUGGAAAGGGAUGAACCAAUUAGAGAUUGUGGAAGCUGCAGCCCUGGACGCGCUACCGUCUCCACGCAUAUUAAAUACUCAUUUCAAUUUGCUCCAUGCUCCCGAUGAUCUUAAAGAGAAGAAAUGUAAGAUUGUGUAUACCCUCAGAGACCCCAGGGAUGUUGCCGUGUCCUUGUAUAACCUGAGUCGUAGUGGGUCUGUUGUGACCAACUACACUGGAGACUUCAAGGAUUAUCUGUACCUCUUCCUUGAAGGGAAAGCUGAUGUUAAUGGGUACUUUAAUCACAUGAAGAGUGCUGAAAAGUAUCUUCAACAACAUCCAGACAUCCCUGUGCUCACAGUAGUAUAUGAGGAGAUGCUUAAGAAUAAGCUGAUGGCAGUUGAAAAGUUGGCAAACUUUCUUGGCGUCCCGAAGAAUGUUGAUCUGAUUGAAGCUGUUGUAGAAAAAUGCCAGUUUUCGAAAAUGGUGGUUGACAAGAGUGCAUACACUUUAAAGUUCAGUGGAGAAAACACUAUUUUCCGGAAAGGCGUGAGUGGUGAUUGGAAGAACUGGUUCACUGACGAAUUGCUCGAGGACUACUUCCGUGUGUACGAAGAACAAAUGGCCGGCUCGAGAUUCUAUCGUGAAGAAUAUGGACGACAGAAGUAG